AUGGCCAGAGACGACCUGCCGACCAUUUUCAACCCGAAGCGCGUCCGCGCGCCUUCCGUCAUAAUAACGAGCGAGGAGGUGGUGGAAAGCGAGCGGACUGGUGGCAGCGGCGGCGGAGGCGGCGGUGUAGAAGUCGAGCGUGAGCGUGGCAAUGGGCCAACGACACCGUUGAGCCCGCGCGCGCCGCUCACUCCGCAGACUUCGGUGUCGUCGGCGCCGCCGCUGACCAGCCAGCCCUCGCUGCAGCAGGCCUACAGCGAGUCCGCCGCCAGCAGCCAGGAUGAGGAGCGUCAGCUACGAGACAAGAAAUGUCCUCGCUCUUGUUGUUCUAAGUUUGCUAAGAAGAUCUACUAUGGACUGUGUGUGACGUUCACUCUCACAGCAUCAUGGGUGACAACCACACAUUGCAUAAAGCACAUGUACCUUCAAGAGUAUGCCCCAAAUAAUUAUGGAAUAGUUUAUAGCACAGAAUCUUCGUCAAUAGUAUACACGAACAACACUAAUAAAUUUCGCACACAUAACAUGUACAAUGCACCAUUCUUCACAGCAUGGUUCUGCACCAACUGGCUAAUAUUCUUCUAUCCCCUCUACUUGCUAGUGAUGCUCAUUCACAACAAAUGCAAAGCAAGCAAUGAGAUUGUUUAUGAUGCGUUCAGUGAUUUCAAAGAAAAGGGCUUCACUUUUGCGCGGUUCUUGAGCCGCUGCGGGCUCUUCUGCCUCCUGUGGGUGGUGACAAUAUACAUGUACAUGUAUUCGUUGAAGAUCCUCCUAUCUACGGACGUGGUCGCGCUAUUCGCUACCAAUGUCUCCUGUAUCUAUCUGCUUUCCUGGGUCAUACUUCACGAGCAGUUCGUUGGCGUCAGGAUAGUGGCGGCCAUACUGUGCGACACUGGCAUAGCCCUCCUAGCGUACAUGGACGGGAUCAUGGGGAGCUCCACCCUCGGCGGCGUAGUGCUCGCCGCCUGCGCAGCCGCCGGCUUCGCUAUAUUCAAGGUGCUAUUCAGAAAGGUGAUGGGGGAAGUGAACUCGGGGCAGCGUGCGUUAUUCUUCUCUAUCCUGGGCAUAGUGAAUGCUUCUCUACUGUGGCCGGUGUGCCUCGCCCUGUACCUCACCGGGUCAGAAAUCAUCCCCUCCCACCGCAUGCCCUGGACACACCUGCUGCCUGCCAGUAUUGCGCUGCUCAUAUUCCACCUCGUAUUCCAAUUUGGAAACGUGAUGACGUACAACAUAUUCGUAUCGCUCGGGCUCAUCACUGCAGUACCGGUGUCGGCAGCCCUAGACGUGGUACUAUACGAGUCGCAGUUUGAAGGCAUGAAGCUAGCGGGGAUAAUACUGAUAACUGUCGGGUUUUUCCUGGUGAUGUUCCCUGAUAACUGGCCUGACUACAUCAUGAGGCUCUUGAGAUGGAGUCGUCGGAGGCAAGGCCAGAACGGGUCGGGCCGCAACCGCGACGCGAUGGACUACCGCACCGGGUACAUACGGUCGCACUUGCGCUCGCCCUCCGGCCGGGUCAGGUGACCGGACAGCGACCCGACCCACCUCAACGGGGGCGUCUUCCUCAGCCCCCUAGACGCGCUACAAGACCUGCAAGACGGAUAGAAGGCCACAAGAGAUUUUGAGGUUAGAAUAGAAAUGUCACAAAAGAACGAUUGCUACAGCAGAGAUUUUGAGGUUAGAAAUGUCUCUGAAGAACGAUUCGGUAGUGUUCGCGGUGGUAGACUUGCAAUAAGUGACGGCACGGACCAUAAUUAUACCAUUGUAUGUACAAGUUGGAAAAAAGCAGUAGAGCGGAUAUUUUAGGAAUAUUAGCUGUAGUAUGGAGAACGCGUACCGCGCGCGCGCGACGUGUUCUGAACCAACGUCAUUGGCUACGCGACAAAUAAACUAAUUUCAUAGGCUUAAAUAUGUUUCGGCUACUGUUUCUUUAGCCUGUUUAUGUGAUGUGAUUGGUUUAAAAUGUACCGGUGUUGCCAAUAGGCAAAAUGGUCAUUUUAUUUUACUCUUUUUGCCAACUUGUAUGGACGAAUGGUGGAUAAAAAAUCAAUUAACGACGGUACGGACCAUUAUAAUAAUUAAACCAUCUAUGUUAGCAUAUAAGUGUCCAUCGGUUUUGAGCGACGAACGUAAAAUAGUUUGCAUGGCAAGAGAAGUGUAGGGUUGUACACUAAUUCGAACGGUUUAAUGUUGGUUACAUUGACAUAUUUGUUCCUGCAAAUUCGUUGAACAAUAGACAAGAGGAUAACUACGAAACGUCAAAACUUCUAUGGAAUUUGUAUAGAAAUACAUGCGUAUGACGUCAUCAAUAAACGUAGUCAAACGCCGUACCCUUUGUUAUGUAAUUCAUAAUUGAAAUUCGUAAAUCAGUCAAAAUGGGAAAUGUGAUUGAUUUUUGAUCAUCUUGGACUGGUGUCUAUUUCUAGAUUUUAUCAUUUGUCUUUGACCCAGUUACAUAGCCUAUUCAAGUUCCAAGUUUAUGGAAGCAGGUUGAAGUUUUUAGGCUACCUAUCGGAAUGGAUGUAUUUCUAGUUGCCACAAUUUCUCAACUCUAUCUUAAUACAAUAAAACUGCUCAUUAUGUGUUGACUGACGAUCCUGGGACCUCUGAUGCUGUCCAAAUAUACAAGGUGUUAUUCUAUAUUCAUUGCAAUUCAUUCAUUCAGUAGUUCAAUUUUAAGCUCUUUCCUCACUGAACUUUUCUCGUAGGCCGUACUGUUUCACUGAUGAUAACGGUUAUUUAGGACUUAAUGUCAGUCGUUAGAAGUAAUGCUAUUGAAAUGUAUCACUUCAACCAUAUUACAUCAAUAGCUAAAAUGUUUUAUGACUCUCCUUACUUUUGAAAAACAUGAGUUCUAAUUUCAAUAAUAUUUUAAUCGGUACCGACCGUCAGUAGACUAAAUACGGCCUUAAUCUAUCAGAAAAUAAUAAAAUUAACUCUCACUUCAUUUGAUGUUCUUAGAACGUGUUCAUCAAAGUAAAGCUUAAUACUAGAGCAACACUGGAAAGGAGUAGACAUACGCCGGCGUUCCCCUCUGCGAAAUGGAUUAUGUAACGUAUGCUAAUUACAAUUCCUUCGUUCCAUUGGGGUCGAAAGACGCAGUUGCUAAUGGCGACUUUGAAUAUAGUCGUAGCUAAGAGUUAAUACAAAAUAACGUAGUUCUGGCGAAUAUUUUAAUAAGUUUGCCACUUUUACUUGUUUUACCUGACAUUUCAUCAAUAAUAUUUCCUCCGCUUAUUUUUGCCAAUUUUAGAACUAUUUUCCCUAAACGAAUUUUCGAAUUUAUCGAUAGUCCUUUUAUCGACAAUUGGUACAACCACAAUGUGACGUGUCACACCUUCCCGUCCCUUGAAAAGUGGCAGAAAAUGUUGUAUUGACAACUAACGCUAUGGCUACUCCCCUCCGGUCCGCGCACGCCCGUGUUGCUCUAUGUAGAUCACUCAUCACAAGCACUUAAACCUUUAAUAAAUAAAUCUUUAAACUUAUCUCGAUGUUGUGAUCCCAUCAGUAGCGUGUUUCUUAGGAUUUGUGCCUCUUAAAAUUGUGAAAAUAGAUUUUAUUCAUACUUUUAAAGGCACAAAUGGUUGGCUUCCGAUUUUGUAUAUAAAAAAAAUCGAAUAUAUACCUAGUCGAAUAAUAGUCAGGGUAUAAAUAUAUGAUUUCAUUCAUUUGCCGAUUUGGUUAACAGUAUUAUUAUUUGUUAGUUUUAAUUUAUAAAAUGACGUAUUUAUUAUUGAUCUCAUAAUUGUUUUUACACGUUUUAAUUGUUAAGAGUAAUCAGGAUUUUAUUACACAGGUUAUUUACAAUUAUUGUAAGGGUAAAGUGUACCGCCCCAAGUAGUAUUAAAGCACUGUCAUUGUCAAGUGGAGUUGCGUGUCGAGUGGUCGCGGCCUCGACGUGAUUGAUGUCUGUGCUCGGUUUAAAUAAUCAACCACAAUAAGUUGGUUAAACCACUGAAGUGUUUGGCUAAUACUCCUAACCUAUAUUUACUGUAAAUGUUUCUAAAAAGAAAAGGUUCGGGACGAAGCAUAAGAACGCAUGGUUAAAUCUGAGAUUUUCAAUUUUUGACAAAUAUUGCUCAAUUUUCACAAUAAUACAUUACAGCGUAUUUAGUUCAUAAUUGAAAUCAGAUCACACAAAAUAUUAUGGUCUUUUUUACGUUUUUGUCUUGACAAUAAUGAACAGUAUACCUGCUCCAUCUCGGGAUCCUGAUCCAUUUCGUUACGUAACAUUGCUUGUAAAGCUUAUUAUAUAUUAUUCAUUAGCAUACAAUUCUACACAUCCGGAUGUGAUUUUUGACACACGCUAGUUUCAAUCCAGGUAAAAAUAGGGUAGCUUCCAACGGGGAAGCGCUGAAGGCUCUCACCCGGUACAACGUUUAAGACAACAGGCCUGACGGUGCCCAGUUGGGCGCGAACCUCGGCUCAGGGCGUCAUCUGAGGAAAAAUAUUUGAAAGAAUUAAUCGACCCUAGUGGGUCGAUAGCGAUAAGCGCUGAUUGAGGGAAAUCGUCGACCACGCCUGUUUUGUGAAAUUUGAAAUUACUAUGAAUUUGUAUGAAAAAGCAACCUGUGACGUCAUAGAAAAACGUGAAAAAAUGUCGCAAUUAUUAAUCCAUUUUCUUUAUAACUUAAUUUAAAACUUAAUUGAUAAAUCAAUUAAAUAUAAAAAAGAAAACGUUUUUGUCACCUUUAGAUCUCUAUCUUUAGUAAUCAGAAUUUCAUAAUUUAUGUUUGACCUAGGAAACUACCAAAUUGUGACCUAAAAAAAUGUGGUCACAAUUUUUACCUGGUUUGAAAUUAACUGAAAGAAAUCCAGGUUUUCGGUUGCGUGAUUUUGUCUAUGUUGCGUCGAUAAGCACUCGGAGCAGCCAUCAUGCCGCAGCAGUCAUGUAAUCAUAUCGAGGUCGCAGCGACUUGGCUUACGUGUGAACCCUAGAGUAGCUGUAGACACGUUAUCCGUAUUCGGAUAUUUUAACUAUUUUAUACUUGUUGUUCUAAGGCUCAUUCACAUCUCAUGCUCAUAGUCUUCUAGUCUUCUAGUGAAGAGUAGGUACUGGUGCUAAUUCCUGCAGACGCCAUCUAAUUUUAUUUUAAGUUGUACCUGUCAUUUUCUUAUCCACUGAAAAAGAAAGGGACGGGUAAUCGACAGACAUAAAAUUUAUGGAACACACGUCAAUUUUAAGUAGAAAUCUAAAACGACCGUCUAAAAAUUUGACAUCAGCCAAUAACCCGACAUAGUUAAGUAGACACGUCAAACGGAUUACAUACAUACCAGCGAGAUGCCUAUUUUAUUCGCCCGGGUUAUUCAUUCGUUUUAAAAUUAACUUGUUGACAAUCAUCCGUCCCUUUCCUUUUCGGCGGAUAAGAAAAUGAGGGGAAUAACUUAAAAUAAAAUUAGGAGGUGUCUACAGGAAUCGGGGCCACUAUAUCCUUAACUAUUGCUAUCAAUCACUCCCCACAUCUCUUAAAAACGACUAGCGUUUUAAAAGUUUUCUCGUAAUACUAUAAUCUAUCUUCACUGUCCCAUUUUCGCUUGUUAGUAGGAAGCGUCUUGUAGAGUACGGCAAUAAAGUGCGUUAGAUGUGAAUUGGCCUUUAGGCGACUAGAAUCGAAUUAAAAAUCAAUUCAUUUUACUUAUACUGCAGUCUGCGAGAAUAUUUAACGAAGUUAAUUGAAUACAAUAAAGAGGUCCGUAGAGCAAGGUCUUUAUUGUAAUUAAUCAUUCUGGAUGCACAUUUUUAUUUAAAAAUAAAACCCCAUGUGGUUGGGUAGAGAACGUAGCUACGCGUACCUAAUGUAAACUACUGAAAAUUCAUUUCAAAUGUAUCUAUGUAAAUGAUGUUGAUGUUUGAUUUUAUCAACUGUAUGAAACAAAGCGGCGAUCAGUACGUGCUUAUGGGCCGUUUUAUUAAAACAGGAAAGGAAUGUGGGUCAAUGUUAAUAGAUAUUUAUGUGUCAGGGGGCCCGCUGCCGGCCGCCCUUCCUCUGGCUAGUUUCGAUGUUUGUAAUUGCUAUUGUCUUUUACAAAUAUAAUAUUUAUUUACAGAGCUGUUAUGUCUACGUUCAUAUCGUACAAUAGGGCGGUUGACUAUGUUUAUUUUUCAUCAAUUUUCAAUAUUUUGCCGGAUAUCUAAUGCGGGAGAUAUUAAUAGUUAAAGUCAGUGGUGGGGGAAUGAUCCGUCACGUUCUGGCAAAACGAUUGUAUGAGCCGUUUCUCACUUUUAAGGCACUAGGAAUAUGUGACGUCUCGAGUUCCUAUUGUCAUUUCUUUCUCCCUGAUUUUAGAUGGCUGUAACUAAUAACGAUUCUGUUUUCACAUUUGGCUAUCGGAAAACGUCGAAUUUUUUAUACUUGUCAACUACCCUAUUCGUCACACGUCACACUCCGCUCUCACAUACUUUCUUACCUCCGAAUUAUUCCUCGAAUGUCGAUGUUUCCUGGCUCUACGGACUAUCUUACAAGUGAAUGUUACACCGUGUUAACCAUUAUUUUGAAUAGUUUAUUUAUAAUUGCGUGCCUUUACAAGUUAAGAUACCUACCUGUUUAUUGUUGUUAUCCGUUUAAUGUAUUUGUACGAUUCUGUUCCCUUCGAAAGUCGGUGUAUUAGGCCGUGUGUCGUCAUAGUGGAAUUCCUUUAGUACUGACCUAGAAAUUAUCUCAAUGUCUCCGUUGUGACUACGAUGUUUUGUAUGAUUGUCUACUGUAUAAUCAUUUGUAUAAGUACCUGUUUAGUUAGGAAAUGUACUCACUAAACAACAUUUGUAUAUUUUUAAUAAUUAUUAAUUUUUAAUAAAACAAUGUUAAAAUUGAGUAUCUAAAAUGUUGAAGACAAAAGUAUAAAUAUUGAUCUCAAAUAUUAAAAGGAAAUUUUUGUACAUUGGUUAUCGUUUACGCCGGUCUUUGUUGCUUGUUUAAUUAGAAAAUUUUAAAGACUGAACUUAAAACGGAAAUUGACUAAAAUCAAUUACGAGUCAUGAAUAUUUUCUAGUCUUAGUUCUAGGUAUUGUAUGUUUACAUCCCAGUAGUUUGUUAGGGUCGUCUACGUCGUUGUUUAGAGUAGGCGAUACUGUAACGUUGUUUAGGUCACUAAUAGAAGCAGCAAUAAUACCUGCAGUAGUGGACACGAGACAACACCUGACCCCUGUGAUUCAUUUUGUUAAAACGUAGAUGUAAUCUGUUGGUCAUUCAAUAAAAUUUGUAAUAAAAAUAAA